AUGCAGCAUGAAGCUGGUAUAGCUAGCCUAGGUUGGUAGCUAGCCUUGGUCAGCGGCGAGGGACGCCAUGGAAAAUUUGUUGUUUAAGCUCGGGCGCAUGAGCUUACCAGCUAGGAAGGAGAGUGGAUCGAUCACUACGCGCGUGUGUGUUCUUCGUGAUCCUAAAUGCAUUAGCUCCAGGCAGAUACAGAUGCAGAUGCAGAUGGGUGGCAACAACAUGCGUGCAUAGAUGCUUGCGAUGUUCGAUCGUCCAGCCUGACAUUCCCAUGGAUCCCUAACAUGUGCCAUGUCCCAAGCUCUAACAUUCUCGCGAACAUGCCUUGCAUGUUCCUGCAGAUCGAUCAUCUUCUUGUUCGAUCGAUCGAUCGAUCUCAUCCGUUAUAAAUAGAAAAUCAGCUGGGAAUUUAAUCGAAUAGCAGCGAGCAGUACAGGAGAUAAGAAGAUCGUUCGUUCGAUCGAGGAAUUAAGGAAGUGGGUAAAGGUUUCUUGAUCGGCGACCGAUCGACCAUGGCGCCGCCGCUGUCGCUGCCGUGUUCCGGCGAGCGCUGCCGCGGCGUGCGGAAGGUUCUGGCGGCGGUGGCCUUCGGGUUUGUGGCCGCUGCGGCGGCGUCGAUGUACGACGACGUGGAGAUGGUGUGGGGCGCCGACCACAGCUUCUUCUACAUGGACGGCGACGUCGACACCGUCGCGCUCUGCCUCGACGAGACCCACGGCUCCGGCUUCCGCUCCAGGGACGCCUACCUCUACGCCCGCUUCGACAUCGACAUAAUGCUCGUCGCCAACAACUCCGCCGGCACCGUCACCUCGCUCUACCUGAUGCCGGAGGACGUGCCGUGGGAGUACCACGACGAGGUGGACCUGGAGUUCCUGGGCAACGUCACCGGCGAGCCCUACACCCUGCACACCAACAUCUUCGCCAACGGCGUCGGCGGCCGCGAGCAGCAGUUCCGCCUCUGGUUCGACCCCACCGCCGACUUCCACACCUACUCCAUCGUCUGGAACCCCAAGCACAUCAUGAUUCUGGUGGACGGCGUGCCGCUGCGGGAGUACCGGAACGAGGCGGCGAGGGGGGUGGCGUUCCCGACGUGGCAGAAGAUGAAGGUGCAGGGCAGCCUGUGGAACGCCGACGACUGGGCGACGCAGGGCGGGAGGGUGAAGACGGACUGGUCGGCGGCGCCGUUCUACGCCCACUACCGGGGGCUCCGGGUGGCGCCGUGCGCGCCGCCGCCCGGGGUGGCGUGGUGCGGCGACGAGCCCCCCGAGUCGCCGUGGUUCGAGCAGCAGGCGGCGGGCGACGCGGCGGCGCUGCGCAGGGCGAGGGAGGAGCACAUGCUCUACGACUACUGCGCCGACGCCAACCGCUUCAAGCACACCGGCCUCCCCGUCGAGUGCACCCCCGCCUCCAACUAGCUAGCUCCAUCGAUCACUAGUGUGCUUUGCUUAAUUAAUUAAUUGUUUAAUUAAUUAAUCACUAGUCAGAAGUAUUUGUAGUUUGGGUUGGUUUGUACAUUAAUUGGUUGCACAGUUUAGAUUUUUUUUUUCUUUUCCGUUUUUCUUUACUCUUAUGAUGCACAAUAAAUUAAUAAUUGUUUCAUGUACAAUAUGUACUACUUU